AGCGAGUACUCGCCCACUAACCUUGAUCUCGACAAGUAAACACUUCACGUGUGUAGCAGAGACUGGCAUGACGUAAGGGAUAUUCUCCUUCCCCGCCUUUUUACCGUUCUAUAAGACGUGAGCCGCUCCGUUCUAUUGUCUGUCAGGAGUCAGUUCAACAGUCAAAGUAUUAAGUCAUAUUUUGCCCUAGUUGUCUAGACACGGACAUUACUUUAAAGGGUUACAAACUCAUUAUGGCAGAAACACCGCACACAACACGCAAAGAGGGGAUUAUCCACAAGCUUUUCCAUCAUAAACACCCUCAGGAGAACAGGCAGCAGGGAAACGAGAGUCAUCCAGCCGAUGCCAAGGAGCUACAGAAGAAUGAGAAUGAGAUCGGCAAGCUAGAAGGUGACAUCAAUAAGGACAAACAGGAGUUCAAAGACUACCUCAAGGAGGAUAAGAAAAUGGAAAAAGAAGGUGAUGAGUAUGGAGGUUUGAUGUAGAUAAUUAUAUGCCGGGUAUUUUGGAGAGUAACUCUACUAUUGCCGAACCUUACGGGGAUGAGAACAUCAUAUGUGGAACAGCAACUUCAUGUGCCAACUUAGGCGAGAAUGCUUAUUAUCUGAG